GCAGCCCAUCAGUUUGCGUUUGCUAAGCGAUUCGGUCGGUUCGCCGCGAAUAUGAAACUCAAUCCGCCAGUUCUUCCUCUACUCCUUCUUGCUCUCAUUUCGAUCUGCGAUCGAAGCUGGGCCGUCUAUAAUUAUCAGGUACCUUCUUCUAUACCUUAUUUCUAUCCGAAGCCAGCGCGAUUGCCACCUCUGCCAGUCAAUGGAUCUACGACUUCCAGUGCCGGCCCACCGCCCGGAGUUCAGUCCGACUUCAUUGACGAUCUGAUUGAGGGCCAUAAGCAGCAAAUCUUAUCGAAUGUCUUGGGCGUGGCCAGUGAAACUCCCUCGGAUGCAGACUCCUCCACCUCCCUCGGAUCGCCAUCCUCAUCCGCGACUUUUCCCCUCGAAGGCGGCGGUGCCAAGGCGUUUCGCGUUAAUCGCUGUGCCAGCUGCACCUGCGGUGUUCCGAAUGUGAAUCGCAUUGUGGGCGGCACCCGAGUGCGGACGAAUAAAUAUCCGUGGAUUGCGCAGAUCAUCCGCGGUACCUUCCUGUUCUGCGGCGGAACUUUGAUCAACGAUCGCUAUGUCCUGACGGCCGCCCACUGCGUCCACGGCAUGGACAUGAGGGGCGUGUCCGUUAGACUGUUGCAGCUGGACAGGAGCUCCACCCACCUGGGAGUCACGCGGUCGGUGGCCUUCGCCCAUGCCCACGUGGGCUACGAUCCGGUGAGCCUGGUCCACGACAUAGCCCUCCUGCGUCUGGAUCAGCCCAUUCCGCUGGUGGACACCAUGCGUCCAGCCUGCUUGCCCAGCAACUGGCUGCAGAAUUUCGACUUCCAGAAGGCCAUUGUGGCGGGCUGGGGCUUGAGUCAGGAGGGUGGCUCCACCUCCAGUGUCCUGCAGGAGGUGGUGGUGCCCAUCAUCACCAAUGCCCAGUGCCGGGCCACCUCGUACAAGACCAUGAUCGUGGACUCCAUGUUGUGUGCCGGCUAUGUGAAAACCGGCGGGCGGGAUGCUUGUCAGGGCGACAGCGGUGGUCCCUUGAUCGUCAGGGAUCGCAUCUUCCGCUUGGCUGGAGUUGUGUCCUUUGGCUACGGAUGUGCCAAGCCCGAUGCUCCGGGUGUCUACACUCGAGUGUCUCGCUAUUUGGAGUGGAUAGCAGUCAACACAAGGGACUCUUGCUACUGCGUUAAUUAGUCCGUGUUUAACAAUAAUUAUUUAUUUUACCAUGCCUUAAAUUAUUUGCAAUUGAAGCUAAUUAAAAUAAUAUUUAAU